GGUUUCCUCUCUGCAUUUUCAGUACAAAAUAUUCUGUUUCCAGAGCUUCUGUCAUAAACCGGACUUUUAACAGAGUUUAUAUAUGUUUUCAUCCACAUUCAUUCAUUUCAUUGCUCUCUCUCUCUCUCUCUCUCUCUCUCUCUCUCUCUCUCUCAUUGGUAAGAUUUCUGUCUUCUCCAUGUACCUCAUCUUCAUGUUCUUUCAAUCAACUCACUCUUUUUCAGCACUUGUGUUAAUGAAAAAUCACUCAUGAUAUGACUCUUCCUUCUUCUCGUCUUCUUUUUGAAGUGACUUUUCCUGGAUUUUACAGUACAACAACAAUGUCUCAUCAGGAAACUGGAUGGCCUCUUGGGUUGCAACCUUUGAGUAUGAGAAUUGGGAUGGUUAGAAAUCGUGAUUUGUCUGGAUCCAUUUCCUUCAGUACUUUGAUCACUUCCUCUCCAGCCUCUUCUUCAUUCUCUUCAACAGAGUUUGAUAUUGAGUCUACUGGGUCGUUCUUUCACAACAAUAGCAUCACACUUGGGAAUCUCAUUGGCACCGCUAGCAUUUUAGAUCUCUCUGGAAGAAGAUCGAUCAGACGGGGUGGGAGGCCCGAAAACAAGAAGAAUUACAAGCCUAAGACAUGGUUCUGUCUAUGCACAAGAGCUUGUGCUGACGCCGAUGGUGCCAAUAAUCCACCAUCUCUAGGCCAUUUUCUUGAAGCAGAGAGAAGAGUUGCUGAUACAUGUGGAAGGAACCGAAAUUCAAUUGGUAAUCAGCUCAGUGAAUUCCCCGAAAGCCGAUCCAAUUCGCUGUUCGUGGACGGCCGGAUCGCUCCUCCUCAAGUGAUCACUGAUGUGUCUGCGGAUUGGAUGGUUAGCAUCUGAUGUUGCGAGUGGACCCAAUAGCGAAUUGAACCAUGCCAAUAGGCAUGGAGCUUCAAUUGUAUUUUCAUAUGUGUAUGGACAUACCACCAAUUGAAAGAAAGAAAUUUCAUUUUAGUGAACAAA